UCAAAGCAUUGCUUUGUGAAGCUCCACGGACUCCGUUGUUUUUGAGGAGAAGCUGCCCGCUCCCUUCGCCGCCGGGGACGCCAGCCAGCGCUGCCGCCGUCCUGCUCCGCCGCGUCCCGCCGCUCCGUGCGAAAUAAGCAUCCGUCAGCCGGCACAACUGAGUAAAUAAGCUUGACAUCAUUCAUUAUUAAGCCUGGCAAGUCGAGACAUACCUCAUCACCAUAGUGCGACGGGAUGCCUGGAAAUGUAAUAGAAAUUCACCUGUUAUUUAAAUCCAGUCACAGGCCACCGCCGGUAUGGUAAUUUGGUAAAUAGGGCAUACUGAAACACAAGUGCGAGGAAAAAUGGGAUUCCUGCACCAGCUUCAUCUCCUGCUCUGGAAGAACAUCUCUUUGAAGAGGAGGGGACCGUGGGUGCUGGCUUUUGAGAUCUUCAUCCCACUGGUCCUCUUCUUCAUCCUUCUGGGUCUCAGACAGAAGAAACCAGCUAUUCCUGUCAAGGAAGUGUCCUUUUACAGCGCAGCCCCCCUCACAUCAGCCGGCAUCAUUCCCAUCAUGCAGUCGCUGUGCCCAGAUGGACAGAGGGACGAGUUUGGCUUCCUGCAGUACAAGAACUCCACUGUGACCCAGCUGCUGGACCGGAUCAGCGAGGUGGUUGAACAGAACCAGCUCUUCACCUCCGACCGGCCUGGUUUGGGUCAGGAGCUGGAGACCCUGCAACAGCAUCUGGAGAGCCUGAGCUCCACCCCGUCACCGCUGGACCACUACUACAACACCACCCAAGGCUUCACUCUGGCCAGUGUGUUGAAGAACCAGUCGGUUUUCCACCAGUUCCUGCUCAAGAACCUGUCCCUGUCCAACAGCACAGCCAGCCUGCUGCUCGACACUCCCGUCAGCCUCAGAGAGGUGUAUAGUCUGAUCUUUGGCACGUAUCCCAGGGAUGGCGGCCCUGGGCACAGCUGGGUUCAGGGGGCAAAAGAUAUUGGUCACAAACCCGGAGACAAAGCCCUUCAUCUGGAGGAAAAGCUGCUGGGAGGGAUACACGGGCUGGAUGGAGGCUUGAUCCACAAAGCUUUACGUGACCCAACUAAAGCAGCCCACAAGCAGGCGCUGCUCAAACUCAUGUCUCAGGCUCUGGGCCUGACCGGAGUCGCGGGAAACCAGAGAAACGACCAGCAGGGACUCAAGGAGGUGGAGGGUGUUCUUCUUACUGGUGCCAUGCUGGAAUUCCUGACCUGCGGGGAGGGCGGUAGUAGUGAACUGAACAAGAUCCUGUUGGUCCCCGAGAGGCAGCAGUCGAUGCUGCAGGCCUAUCGCGGUGUGGUGUGCAGCGGAGGCGAAGGUCAGAGAUCGGAGCGCUUCAGGCAGAUGAGCCAGGAGCUGAGAGACCAGAUAAACACCCACAGCGUCAUUGAGAAGCUUCAUCUGGAGCAGGCCAACUCCUCCAUUCCUCUCUCCCAGUCCCACCUCGGGUCCCUGCUGAAGGACCUGGCCGACGUGGAGCGGCUUCUCAAGGACGUGGACCUCCUCUCCGGCCUGGCCCGCCUGCUGCCCAAGGGAGCCUGUGCAGGUCGAACUGCUCCUUCCCCUGCCAACAUGACCUCCUGGCCCCUCAACGCCACCACCUGGGGCCCCAACACGACUGACAUCCCUGGAGAGGAGGGAGAGGACGGGGCUGAAGGAGACGGAGGCAGUGGAGGUGGAAGAGGGAAGGAGGAAGCAGAGAAUCCCCAUUCUCAGUUCUCGGCUUUUGUGCAACUUUGGGCAGGGCUGCAGCCGAUUCUGUGUGGGAACAACAGGAUCAUUGAGCCCGAGGCUUUGAAGCAGGGGAAUAUGAGUUCUCUGGGCUUCACCAGCAAGGAGCAGAGGAAUCUGGGCUUACUGGUGCAUUUGAUGACUACAAAUCCCAAGAUCCUCUACUCCCCCAUUGGCUCCCAAGUGGAUAAAGUGAUUCAGAAGGCAAAUGAGACGUUUGCAUUUGUGGGGAAUGUGACUCACUAUGCCCGGGUCUGGCUGAACAUCUCUGCCCAGCUCAGGACUUUUCUGGAGGAGGGCCGGCUGCACAACCAGCUAGCAUGGCUACAGCAGUUGUCCUCGGAGCUUCGCAGACAUCCAGAGCUGCUGAACGGGACCGACAGUGAGCUGAUGCAGGGUCUGUUGGAGGGAAACUACAGCCUUCCCAACACCUCCACCCUCCUGGAACAGCUGGACACCAUAGACAACGCCGCCUGCGGCUGGACGCACUUCAUGUCAAAGGUCAGCGUGGACAUCUUCAAGGGCUUUCCUGAUGAGGACAGCAUCGUCAACUACACCCUGAACCAAGCCUACCAGGACAACGUCUCUGUGUUUGCCAGUGUGAUUUUUCAGACCAACAAAGAUGGCUCCUUGCCACCCCACGUCCUCUACAAAAUCAGACAGAACUCCAGCUUUACUGAGAAGACCAACGAAAUCCGUCGGGCCUACUGGCGGCCCGGACCAAACACUGGAGGAAAAUUCUACUUCCUCUACGGUUUUGUCUGGAUCCAAGAUAUGAUGGAGAGAGCCAUCAUCAACACGUUCGUGGGCCAUGAUGUGGUGGAGCCUGGCAACUAUGUGCAGAUGUUCCCCUACCCCUGUUAUACCAGAGAUGAUUUUCUGUUUGUGAUAGAGCACAUGAUGCCUCUGUGCAUGGUCAUCUCCUGGGUUUACUCGGUGGCCAUGAUGAUUCAGCACAUAGUAGCCGAGAAGGAGCACCGGCUCAAAGAGGUGAUGAAGAUGAUGGGUCUGAACAAUGCGGUGCACUGGGUAGCUUGGUUCAUCACAGGCUUCGUCCAGCUCUCCAUCUCUGUCACGGCUCUGACGGCCAUCUUAAAGUAUGGCCGGGUGUUGCUCCACAGCGACCCGUUCAUCAUCUGGCUCUUCCUCACCAUCUACGCAGUGGCCACCAUCAUGUUCUGUUUCCUGGUGUCAGUGAUCUAUUCUAAGGCCAAGCUGGCGUCAGCCUGUGGCGGGAUCAUCUAUUUCCUCAGCUAUGUGCCCUACAUGUAUGUGGCCAUUAGGGAGGAGGUGGCCCAUGACAAGAUCACUGCCUUCGAGAAGUGCAUUGCUUCUCUGAUGUCCACCACAGCCUUUGGCCUGGGGUCAAAAUACUUUGCGCUGUAUGAGGUAGCAGGUGUUGGCAUCCAGUGGCGCACCAUCAGUCAGUCACCUGUAGAGGGUGAUGACUUUAACUUGGGCCUGUCCAUGAUGAUGCUCAUCAUUGAUGCCAGUGUGUAUGGAGUACUCACGUGGUAUAUAGAGGCCGUGCAUCCAGGCAUGUAUGGGCUGCCCCGCCCCUGGUACUUCCCUCUGCAGAAGUCCUAUUGGUCUGGCAGUGGCCGUGUUGAGACGUGGGACUGGCCGUGGUGUGGAAGUGGGGCUGCCAGGUUGAGCGUGAUGGAGGAAGAUCAGGCGUGUGCUAUGGACCACAGGCGAUCUGAGGAGAUGCGGGGUAUAGAGGAGGAGCCCAGUCACUUGCCGUUGGUGGUGUGUAUAGACAAACUGACCAAGGUGUACAAGACCGGCAGCAAGCUGGCCCUCAACAAACUGAGCCUCAACCUCCAUGAAAACCAGGUGGUUUCCUUCUUGGGACACAACGGGGCUGGCAAGACCACUACCAUGUCCAUUUUGACCGGCCUGUUCCCACCCACCUCUGGCUCAGCCACCAUAUAUGGACAUGACAUCCGUACAGAGAUGGAGCGCAUUCGUCAGAACCUGGGCAUGUGUCCACAGCACAACGUCCUGUUUGACAAGCUGAGUGUGGAGGAGCAUCUGUGGUUUUACUCCAGACUCAAAGGCAUGGCUGAAGAAGACAUACGCAAGGAAAUGGACAAGAUGAUUGUUGAUCUGGAGCUAUCCAACAAACGCCACAGCCUGGUGCAGACCCUGUCAGGGGGGAUGAAGAGGAAGUUGUCUGUGGCCAUAGCCUUCGUUGGUGGCUCCAGAGCCGUCAUCCUGGACGAACCCACAGCGGGGGUAGACCCCUACGCCCGCAGGGCCAUCUGGGACCUCAUCCUCAAGUACAAACAGGGCCGUACUAUUCUGCUAUCCACCCACCACAUGGAUGAAGCUGACCUGCUUGGAGAUCGAAUUGCCAUCAUCUCCCAUGGAAAGCUCAAGUGCUGCGGCUCACCACUGUUCCUCAAGAGCACCUAUGGUGACGGAUAUAAACUGACACUGGUCAAAAAACAGAGCGAAGGCCGAGACCAGGGCAGCCAGCUGCAGCCUCCGUCGUCUUUGUCUCCGUCCUCGUCGCUGUCGCCUUGCUCAGAGGCUCGGGUCACCCAGUUCAUCCGGCAGUUUGUGGCGUCCUGCCUGCUGGUGUCCGACUCCAACACCGAGCUGUCCUACGUCUUGCCCUCCGAGGCCGUUAAGAAGGGCUGCUUCGAGAGGCUCUUCCAGGCAUUAGAGCAGAGCUUGGACAGCCUGGCUCUGACCAGCUUCGGGGUGAUGGAUACCACCCUAGAGGAGGUGUUCCUCAAAGUCUCCGAGGAGGACCAGUCGCUGGAGAACAGUGACGCAGAUAUGAAGGACUCCCCCGGGGGCAGCUCAGUGGGGAAGCCCACAGCGGAGGCAGGGGGUCUUGGAGGGCCCCAGGCCGAGACCGGACCCUCGGUGGAGGGCGAAAGGCCAGAGGUGGAGCUGAGUAACUUGAUGAUGUGCUCCAGGCUGAGCCAGAGCCAGUCCUCCCUGAAAUCCUCCUCAUCCAUUGGCUCGGUGAGAGGAGAUGAGGGAGGGCUCUAUGCCGACUUCUACGGAGAGUACUGUCCGCUCUUUGACAAUGGACAGGAGUCUGACUCUGCUAGCCUGAGGGGGGAUGCAGAGAACCCCUCCUCCCCAGAGCCGACGGCCCUGGAGGGGCAGGGCAGCUUCAAGCUGGAGGGCUGGUGGCUGAAGCUUCGCCAGUUCCACGGCCUCAUCGUCAAGCGGUUCCACUGUGCCAAGAGGAACACCAAAGGCCUCUUCUCUCAGAUCCUUCUGCCUGCUUUCUUUGUCUGCGUGGCCAUGACAGUGGCUCUGUCUGUGCCUGAGAUAGGAGACCUGCCACCCCUGAUCCUGUCCCCGUCUCAGUACCACAACUACACCCAGCCCAGAGGCAACUUCAUCCCCUACGCCAACGAAGACCGACCCCAGUACAGGAGCAAGCUGUCCCCAGACGCCAGCCCUCAGAAGAUCAUCAACACCCUCCGUCUUCCCUCGGGCGUCGGCGCCACCUGUGUCCUUAAAACUCCCUUCAACAGCACCCUGGACCAGCUGGCCCAGACCCUCAACCCCAGUGCCAACAACUCCAAGACCCUGGCCGCCCGAUACUUUGACUCCAUGUGUCUGGACUCCUUCACCCAGGGCGUUCCGCUCUCCAACUUUGUACCCCCUCCCCCCUCGCCAGCCCCCUCGGACGACCCGGACCCUCGCUUUGAGGACGGACUGUGGAACUACACUGCCGCCCCUCCUACCACAGUCCACGAGCCAGUGACGUCUCCUCCCACCCUCCCGCUGUCCAUCCAUGAGCCCGUGCGCUGCACCUGCUCCAUGCAGGGGACCGGCUUCUCCUGCCCCAGUGGAGUGGGUGGACGGCCCCCCCUCAUGAAAGUGGUGACGGGGGACAUCCUGGUGGACAUCACAGGCCGAAAUGUCUCGGAGUAUCUUCUCUUUACAUCAGACAGACUGCGCCUGCACAGGUAUGGCGGCAUAACAGUGGGGAACAUCCAGAAAUCGAUUCCAGCAUCCUUUGGCAGGAAGAUACCUCCGAUGGUUCGCAAGAUAGCGGUUCGCAGAUCGUCUCAGGUUCUGUACAACAAUAAAGGCUACCACAGCAUGCCAACCUAUCUCAAUGUCCUCAACAACGCCAUCCUCCGUGCCAACCUGCCCGCGUCCAAGGGCAACCCUGCUGCAUACGGGAUUACACUGACAAACCACCCCAUGAAUCGAACCAGCGCCAGCCUCUCUUUGGACUACUUGCUCCAGGGGACCGAUGUGGUAAUUGCCAUCUUCAUCAUCGUGGCCAUGUCCUUUGUGCCAGCCAGCUUUGUGGUUUUUCUGGUCGCGGAGAAGUCUACCAAGGCCAAACAUCUGCAGUUUGUCAGCGGCUGUGACCCUGUUAUCUACUGGCUGGCUAACUACAUCUGGGACAUGCUGAACUACCUGGUUCCCGCCACGUGCUGCGUCCUCAUUCUGUUUGUGUUCGACCUGCCAGCCUACACGUCCCCCACCAACUUCCCCGCCGUCCUCUCGCUCUUCCUCCUCUAUGGGUGGUCCAUCACUCCCAUCAUGUACCCUGCCUCCUUCUGGUUCGAGGUCCCCAGCACGGCCUACGUGUUCCUCAUCGUCAUCAACCUCUUCAUAGGCAUCACUGCCACCGUGGCCACCUUCCUCCUCCAGCUCUUUGAGCACGACAAGGAUCUGAAGAGAGUCAACAGCUACCUGAAGUCCUGUUUCCUCAUCUUCCCCAACUACAACCUGGGCCACGGCCUGAUGGAGAUGGCCUACAACGAGUACAUCAAUGAAUACUACGCCAAAAUAGGCCAGUUUGACAAGAUGAAGUCUCCGUUUGAGUGGGACAUCGUGACUCGAGGACUCGUUGCCAUGACAAUCGAGGGCUUUGUCGGCUUCCUCAUCACCAUCCUGUGCCAGUACAACUUUCUCAGGAAACCUCCGAGAGUGCCAGUCAGCUGUCAGCCCAUUGAGGAUGAUGAUGUUGAUGUUGCCUGUGAGAGGCGAAGAGUGCUGCGAGGAGACGCAGACAACGACAUGCUGAAGAUCGACAACCUCACAAAGGUUUACAAGUCCAGGAAGAUGGGCCGUAUCCUGGCUGUGGACAGGCUGUGUCUGGGCGUCCGGCCUGGAGAAUGCUUCGGGCUGUUGGGCGUGAACGGAGCCGGGAAGACCACCACCUUUAAAAUGCUGACAGGAGACGAGUGCACCACAGGAGGGGAGGCCUUCAUCAGUGGGAACAGCAUCCUGAAGGAUCUGUUGCGUGUACAGCAGAGUAUCGGCUACUGUCCACAGUUUGAUGCUCUGUUUGAAGAUCUGACAGCCAGGGAACACCUGGAGCUUUACACUCGCCUCCGUGGCAUCCCCUGGAAGGACCAGGACAAGGUGGUCCAGUGGGCCUUAGAGAAGCUGGAGCUGUCCAAGUAUGCAGACAAACCUGCCGGCACCUACAGUGGAGGAAACAAACGCAAACUUUCCACUGCCAUCGCUCUGAUUGGAUACCCCUCCCUCAUUUUCCUGGAUGAGCCCACCACAGGUAUGGAUCCAAAGGCUCGCAGAUUCCUCUGGAACUUAAUCCUCGACAUCAUCAAGACCGGACGCUCUGUAGUGCUGACAUCACACAGUAUGGAGGAAUGUGAGGCGCUGUGCACCAGACUGGGCAUCAUGGUUAAUGGCAGAUUUAAAUGCCUGGGCAGCAUCCAACACUUGAAAAACAGGUUUGGAGAUGGCUACAUGAUUACGGUGAGGACCAAGACCAGCUCCAGUGUCAAGGAGGUGGUCCGCUUCUUCAACCGAAAUUUCCCUGAAGCUGUACUCAAGGAGCGCCACCACACCAAGGUUCAGUACCAGCUGAAGUCGGAGCGAAUCUCCCUGGCCCAGGUCUUCAGUAAGAUGGAGCAAGUGGUGGAGGUGCUGGGCAUUGAGGACUACUCUGUCAGCCAGACGACUCUGGACAACGUGUUUGUCAACUUUGCUAAGAAGCAGAGCGACAACCUGGAGCAGCAGGAGACGUCGCCUCCCGGUGGCGGCCAGUCGCCACUGCAGCGCAUCCUGAGCCUGCUGAAGCCUCGAGCAGCCAACACUGAGCUCAACGCUCUAGUUAGUGAGGAGGCAGAGGAGCUGGAGAGCGACGACGAUGAAGGACUCAUCAGCUUUGAAGAGGAGAGGGUGCAGCUGUCCUUCAAUACAGACACUCUGUGUUGAAAUGAGGAAACUCAAAGACCAAACAAACACGGACCGGCACUGAGGAGAAAAACAAGAAGCAUUUGUGCGUGCUCUGAGGCCAGGAGGAGAGCGUACGCUGAUUUAGACCGUGAAGAGGACCAAAUCUCUCCUGCCGUGGAUUGUCGGACCAGUAGUUCAGUAUUUCAGCCUCAAAUUCUUUGCAGCGGGAGGGAGCGAGCCAGUUCAGGGCAGAGGAGACGAGCUGCACAGCCCCAGUCAAGCCUGCCAUGUUUCAAGGCCUGGUUUGACAAGCAGGACAGACGUGGCAGCAGUGACAAUGCUUGCAUCUGGAUUGAAGAUGUUACCCUGGAAUGUUCCCAUAUUUAUUUAUUUUUUCCAGAAUGUAAAUGACAGAUGGAUAGGUUGAGUACCAAUGAUGUCAGUGAAUUUUACGUAUGAUUCCCGAUAUGGCCUCCAGGGGUUGAACCAUUUAUAUGAAGUGUUGGAUGCCACAGGUUGCUUUCAGUGAGUUUGAACGCAUUCCCGUCGUAGGCAGACGCAGCCAGAUUCCCAAACUAGACCUGCCUUGAGAGCAUGCUGCCGUGAAUGGAAUCCAAUCAAAGUGGUCGAGUCAUAAUACAGUAUAUUUUUGUGUGGCAAGAAGAAUGACUUAUUUUGGAUAUGGAAGCGCCUGUGGACUGACAAGUGUGAUUUAUUUUGCAGGGACAGAGCGGUUUUAGCGAGGCAACGUGCACCUUGGGAAGUGCUGGGUUUUGUUGGCAGUAGCCGACCGUCCGGGCCGCAGAGGGAAGCUGCCUCGGCUUUCCUCUUCAGAGAGAAUGUAACGUGGCAUGAUUAUUGUCCUGAUGGUGCCUCCCUUCUAUCAAGCCUACUUCUUUUGACACUGCACAUUUUUGUCUCUCUAUGGCUCUUUCUACUGAAUGCUCUCUUUUGUGCUUUUUACAUAUCAUUAUGUUCUGGAUUCUGCCAAGAAGCUCUUCUAUAUGCCGGAUACAGUGUAAUAGCUCAUUUUACAGUGAAGGUAAUCCACAUUAUAACAGUCCUAAGAACUGAAGUAGACUGUCGUCAUAUUCAGUGCUCUCUUACAGGAUGUUCAAUAAUAACUGCACUACCAUCACUGUGAUACUUAAGGGAAUUCUCAGAUCAUCCAUUGUUUUAACUUGGGAAAGUCCACCUUCUUUGAUUUGCAGGAAACGAUGUGGGGCGAUCUCAUGGGUACUUGUGCAAAAUAUCCACAUUUACAAAGGCGAACUUAGAUGUUUUCCUGACUCUGUAUGUUGGCAUGUGAUUUCAGCUGUUCUUUUUCAUGAGAUGUAUGUUUUAAUGAUGAUUCAGUUGUAACUUGUCUUACUCCUGUCAAAAAUAAUAACUGUUUCACUACUUCUCUCACGGCUAAUUUCAGUCAUAUAUCGGUGAUUAUGUGGGACUUUCAUGAACUUUUUUCCUACUUGAAGGUUUUGUCAUUAAACAAUGAAAACUGA